AUGCCUCCACCACCACCGCCUCCAUCAAUGGAAAAUGCCGCAUUGAUAGCUGCUGUAACGGCUGCAGUAACAGCUGCAAUGGCCCAAAUGAGUAACAAUGGUUCUGGUGGGGGAGUGAAUAGUUCUACGAAUGGCCAACGACCAGGUCGUUCAGGGGAUUGUACGUUCGUAUCACAACCCUUAAUCAUGUUUUUUCAAUCAUUUCCAUCGAUUCUUCAUUUGGAUCCUGGUUCAAGAUCAGUACCCGACCCUCCAAAAAAUGAUACCAAUAACGACACCGGGUUCACUUUCCCUGGACCAAAUCCCCAAAUCGGGUCUGAAAAUGGCGAUGCGACAAAAUCAAGUGAGUUUGGUGAUCAAAAAACGAGCUCAAGGGCACCUCUUGUUGAAAGAAUGGCAGCUAGAGCUGGUCAUAAUGCUCUUAGGUUGAAUACAGAGAUUAUAAAAUCUUCUGAUAAUUCACAAACUCAACAAUCUCCAUAUUUAUUUUCACCUGGUGUUAGCCCAACUUCUUUUCUGGAAUCACCUGUUUUCCUUUCCAACUCAUUGGUUCAACCAUCUCCAACUACUGGAAAGUUCCAAUUUGUUCCAAAUGGUAAUGGUAGAAGCUCCAUGAUGUUCUUGGAUUCCUCUAAUAGGGUUAAAGAAAAUUUCUUUGAGGACACUAAUAACACUUCUUUUGCCUUUAAGCCUUUCCCAGAUUCAGCUCCUGUAUCUCGUGAUCAUGUGAAUCCACCUUUCAUGUCUACACAAUCUUUUCAACAUAAUGAAACUCUAGUUCAAUCUGAAAGACAAUUCCCUCCACAAAAGAUUGAACCAACACAAAAUGAAACAUCUGCACUCCAUAUUCGCUCAGGCUUUCUUAAUGGCAAUUCUGAAAGAUCUCAAGAACAUCAUUAA